UCGAGAUCAGUCAACAAACAUGGGGAUUUUGAAAGUACUGCUCUGUCUUAAUUUAGUACUUUUCCCUUUGUCUUGGGCGCAAGUUUUGACUCCACCAUGCGCGGCUGAUGUGGGGAGGACCUUGAUAGAGGCUGCGGGAGGCGAAGAAUGGGCUUUGCGAAUGAUCGACGCAACAAGCAAGUUCCCGGACGGAAUUUUUGUCGGAAAUAUAGUCAGCUUUGGCCACUGGGACGAAUGUGUGCAGGUGAGCAGUGGAAAUGGCAUCGAGGGAAAAUACUGCAGGGUCGCCGCCACCUAUGAAAACGCUGAGUUUUUUUACAAAUUGGAGUUGGAAAAAAUAACAAAGAUGCAGAGCAUGAGAGCGGCUCCAGCUGGCACUGCGCUAACUUUGAAAUUUGGUUUGUGUCUCCCCCAAUCUUGCACCACUGACGACUUUGUGUUUGUAGCCGAGCAAUUGUUACCCGUGCUGGACAAUGCUACUCAGCUUUCAGUCACCGUAAACCCUGGAGAAUGCAGCACACUGGAAUCUGUCAAUUUACCCAUAGACGGCGGCACUAUUGCAGCAACUGUCAUUUUUUCUAUGCUAAUUGCUUUAGUCGUGGUGGCGACUAUUCUGGAACAUUUUAACAAGGGCGGGACAGUUGUCAAAGCACUGAGUAUGAAGACAACCUACAAUGAUUUGGUUCGCGUUCGCGAAGGAUCGUUUGACAGCGUAAACGGAUUGAAAGUUCUUAGUAUGCUCUGGAUUAUGGUCGGGCACAGAUAUGAUUUAGGCGCCCUGUCCACGGCAUCUUCAAAUAUUGCUCUCGCCAUUGAUAUGACGCAAAAUCCGCUGUUCCAGCUGCUAUCGAACGUAGGAUAUCUCGCAGUUGACUCUUUCUACCAAAUCGGUGGCUUUCUUUUGGCAUUUGGAUUUUUCAGAGACAUGAAGAGAGGCGCCACCUUUGAUGCUUUCAAAUUCUACUUAUACCGUUACAUUAGGAUAACUGCCCCAUUGAGUAUUAUGAUUGUCUUCUAUGUAACAAUCUUGCGAUACAUAGGCGAAGGACCAGAGUGGUAUCGAAUGGUGUAUCUCAGAUUCAUUCACCCGUGUGAAACUUACUGGUGGGCGGCUAUUACCUAUGUUAAUAACUACGUAGGCGGCCUAGAGCAAUGCGUGGAGCAAACCUGGUACACAUCGUUGGACAUGCAGAUGGCUUGGCUGUCCCCUUUGCUCCUCCUGCCCAUGCACUACUCACCAAGGGCUGGCAAACAGCUAGCUUUUCUCGUAGCGGCGCUGUCUUGUGCCAUUCCUGCUGCUAUUACUUACAUUAAUAAUUAUCCUUGGGGUCCCAACAAUGUUAAUUAUGAUCACUACAGCCCGCUCAUUUUCACUUAUGAAGUUUACUUGCCGACGCACACCAGAUGCUCACCCUAUAUUGCUGGAGUUAUUCUUGGCUACAUUAUGGCCAAUACUCCACGCAAGAUGUACUUUAAUUGGAAAACGGUUGCGUUGGGUUGGAUUUUGUGCGCAGGAAUCAUGCUGACCGUGGUUUUCUUAUUUGCCAUUACAUUGAAAUACGAUUAUGUUUAUGAGCCCAUCGCUGCAAUGAUUUACGGUGGAUUCCACCGCUUUGCGUGGGCUGUUGGCCUCUGCUGGAUCAUUUUUGCAUGCAGCAAAGGCAUUGGCGGACCCGUCAAUGCUAUUCUCUCUUGGAGACUGUUCAACAUUCUCGCCCCAGUGAUUUACGGCGUAUUUUUGGUUCACUUCAUGGUCAUUGCCGUGCAAGCCGGAUCUAAGAGGCAUCCCGAUACACUUGAAUAUUAUGACGUGAUUCACAAGUUUCUUGGGGACAUUCCGUUUUCCUUUGUUGGAGGCGCUGCACUCUAUUUCGUGGUGGAGGCUCCUGUGAUGGUAUUCAUGAGAAUUAUCUUCAAGAAGCAACGCCCUGCCCGCCCUGCUGGAAAAACCUCACCCGAGAAAGCAACAAAGGCUAAAGUUUGAGAUGCGGUUAACUCCCACAUAUUACAUAAUUCGACCUGAAAAGAACGGUACAUCAGUUAAAUAAAACUGUUACCAUGAUUUCUUGAUUGACACCCUAACGAGCAAUAAUUAAUAAAUACAUUUAUAAAACUGUGACGAAUUGAUGCUGUAUAUAGAAUUCAAUAGUUCGUAUAAUAAAUUCCU